AUGGACCUGUCAUCGGCCCUGCAGUACGGCAGCGCUAGGGGCUUCCCGCCGCUCCACAGUCUGCUCCGGCAGCUGAUAUCUGUGCAGCACCCCGGGAUCCCGUAUCGAGGCGGGCCCGAGGUUAUAAUUGAUGGCGGCUCGGCUGACGGGCUAUCUAAGGUAUUUGAGCUGCUUUUCAACCACUGGGAUGGGGAGCUGCAGGACGUCGCGAGCCGCGAGGGUCUGCUGGUCGACGAGUUCGUAUAUGGGCCCCCGGUGGCCCUGGCCGAAAACAAGAACAUAAACGUUGUGCCGGUCGCCAUGGACGCCCAGGGGCUCUUGGCCCACGGCCCGGGCGGUCUGGAGGAGGUUUUGGAGAAUUGGGAUGAUUCCCGAGGCAAGAGGCCGCAUGUGUUGUACACAAUCCCCACUGGCCAAAAUCCAACGUCGGGGGUGAUGUCUCUGUCGAGGCGUAGGGAUGUUUAUAAACUUUGCUCGCGGUUCGACGUGGUCGUGGUCGAGGACGAUCCGUAUUUCCACCUAUACUAUCCUACCCCAGACGCAACGGGCCCAUUUGACCUCCCGUCGACCGGCCACGCGUUCCUGGACGAGCUGGUGCCUAGUUUUAUCCGCAUCGACGAGGAAGGGCGGGUUAUCAGGCUGGACUCGUUCUCCAAGUCUAUCGCCCCGGGCUGCAGGCUUGGGUGGAUAACGGCGAGCCCGGCCGUGUGCGAUCGCCUCUUCGCCAUCGUCGACGACACCACACAGCAGCCUUCGGGUUUUGCGCAGGUCGUCGUUGCCCGACUGCUCUCUGAGCCCGUCGUCGGCGGCGGCGGCGACAACCGUCCAAGCUGGGGUUUGGAUGGCUGGGUCUGCUGGCUCCAAGGGCUCCGAUCUACUUACCGACGCCGCAUGAUCAAGAUGGCUACGGUGCUGGAAGGAGGGAAGCUGGCCCACUCGGCGGGGGGCGACGAAACGGCCAUGUUCGAGUUUUGCUGGCCGACGGGCGGAAUGUUCCUCUGGGUAGAGGUCAAGAUCGAAAACCACGCGCUCGCGUUGGCGGUCGACGCCAAGAGGUUGAUGCGCGCUCUGUGGCUGAAGUGCAUCCACCCUCCCUACCUGGUCCUGACGGUGGCGGGGGAAAACUUCGCCGCGACGGAAAAGGUCAGGAACGAGCGCGGGCACAAGUUCCUCCGGUUCUGCUUCGCAGCCGUGGAAGAGGACGAGCUCGGGGCAAAGUCGAGGUCGUUUGUGGAUGCCUGUCGGGACUUUUGGUCAAUACGAAACAUGGAGGAUAUAGAAGAUAUUUUCAGGGAUGAAGAGUCAUAUUCGGCUCAGAUCCCCACUGCUUAG